GAAAUGUAACCUCAAAAAACAAAAAAUUAAAGUAGGCAGAGGCAGCGCAGCAUUAGCAUAACAAAAUUGAAGUAAGCCUCACAUCACAGAUUUCCCAGUAAACAACGAACCCAUCAUCUCAAUCUGCUUCUUCACUCUAAUCGAAUCGAACCACCCUUCAAAUCGCAGAUCAAAAUCGAAGCUUAUACAUAUACAUACACCACGCGUGAAUCCAACGGUGAUGAUGACCGGGAAGCAAGGUUUCUUCUCUCUGCGAGGCUCACUCCUCUUCCUCGCAGUCCUCACACUUUUAUCUUUCACCUACCUUUCCCUCAAAUACUCCACCCCAACACCCCAGGUUACCAACCUCUCGGUCGAGAAACUCAACGACGCGCCGGGAACCGAGAAGGAAGAGGAGGGAGGAGGAGAAGAAGAAGAGGUUCCGGACACGUUCCACUCGCCGCGCGUAUUCAAGCUGAACUAUGAGGAAAUGGAGAAGAAGUUCAAGGUUUAUAUAUACCCAGAUGGGGAUCCCAACACGUUCUACCAGACGCCGAGGAAGCUCACCGGAAAGUAUGCCAGUGAAGGCUAUUUCUUCCAGAAUAUCAGAGACAGUCGCUUCCGCACCGAAAAUCCCGAUGAGGCACACCUCUUCUUCAUUCCCAUCUCGUGUCACAAGAUGCGUGGCAAGGGCACGAGUUAUGAGAAUAUGACAAUAAUUGUGCAAAAUUAUGUGGAGAGCUUGAUAUCCAAAUAUCCUUAUUGGAAUAGAACCUUGGGUGCUGAUCACUUCUUUGUCACUUGUCAUGAUGUUGGUGUGAGGGCAACAGAAGGACUUGAGUUUCUUGUGAAGAAUUCCAUUCGAGCGGUGUGCUCCCCCAGCUAUGAUGUUGGAUUCAUUCCACAUAAAGAUGUCGCUCUCCCUCAAGUGCUACAGCCAUUUGCUCUUCCUGCUGGUGGGAAUGAUAUAGAAAACAGGACUACUCUUGGAUUCUGGGCUGGUCAUCGGAACUCUAAAAUCAGAGUUAUUCUUGCACGUGUGUGGGAAAAUGACACAGAACUUGAUAUUUCAAACAAUAGAAUUAGUAGGGCUACUGGGCAUCUAGUGUACCAGAAAAGAUUUUACAGGAGUAAGUUUUGUAUAUGUCCUGGUGGAUCACAGGUUAAUAGUGCUCGGAUAGCAGACUCUAUCCAUUAUGGGUGUAUUCCUGUGAUAUUGUCAAAUUACUAUGACCUUCCUUUCAAUGAUAUUCUUGACUGGAACAAAUUUGCCGUUGUACUCAAGGAGAGUGAUGUUUACCAGCUUAAACAAAUCCUCAAAAAUAUAUCAGAUGCUGAGUUUGUUACACUUCAUAAUAAUUUGGUAAAGGUUCAGAAACACUUCCAAUGGAAUUCGCCCUCAAUCAGAUUUGAUGCUUUCCAUUUGGUUAUGUAUGACCUCUGGUUACGCCAUCACACGAUCAAAUACUGAUAUUUAGACUCACUCUAUGAGACCCUUAUUUUGUAUACAACUUACAGUUUUAGCAACUGAGAGCACUGUAAAUAUAGCCAAUUACAGCUUUUUUAUACAGCAGCUGGUUUUUCUAUAUUCUUGCACCCUGAACGUUUCUGUUAAUUUGUUUGUUAUUUGUUUGUGGUAAGGUUCUUUGUUAGGUUGAAACUACUACAUGACCAAGCUAUUGAAUUAAGGCAGGUGCAAUUGUUAGAAUUGUUCAAAAUCCAAACUAGAACGUGGGUUGGUUCGGCUUUCAA